AUGGCGGUGGAUCCGCGGGCGAAUCCGGGAGCCAGCAACACCCCUACGCUGGAAGAGGCGGAUCCGCGGGCGAAUCCGGGAGCCAGCAACACCCCUACGCUGGAAGAGGCGGAUCCGCGGGCGAAUCCGGGAGCCAGCAGCGCCCCGGCGCUGGCGGCGCUGUUCCCGCAGUGGGCGGCAGUGGACGCGGAGCAGCUGAGGCGCGUGCCUCAGGGUGUGAUGCCGGAGGACGGGCAGUGCUGGAUCAAGUACGGCGAGAAACGGCUUGUUAAAACAGCCUGCCACAGAUCGUACUUCCGCUGUGCGCGCUCCACCGCAACACCGACGUCACCAUCCACUCUUGCAGCAACACCAACAGCAGCAUCCACGCAAGAGGCAACGCCAGCAAUGGCAGCAACGCGUCCAGGCUCAGCUGGCCAGCCUGCUCCUUCCCCGGCUGCUUCUGCUGCUGAUGAUGCUGCCAGCACUGCCACCGCCCCCUCUCCCACUGUAUUCCACCCCUGUCCGGCUCGCAAGUGGGUCGACUGGCACCUAUUAUUACCCCUCACCCCUGCCGCCCACCCGUCACCGCUGCCGCCCGGUUUCGACCAGGCAGCGCAGCUCGGGGCGGCAGGCAAGCCGCCCACUUCGAGAAUUUUCUUCCGAGUGACGUACCUGAACACGCACAACCACAGUGUUCCGCCCAUUGGGCUUCAGAUCGAGCCCUCUCUAGCACCGGAUGCUGCUGCUGCUGCUGCUGCUGCUGCUGCUGGGAAAGGUGGGCGCUCGCCCACUCCAACCUCCCUGGGCAAGCGGUCACGUGAAGCCGACUCCUCCUUGAUAUCAGAGCCGUGCUUUCCCCAUGCUCCUCAUGCCCGCCACGCCUCUCACGACUUCGAUUUCAAAACCUUUGAUGCCAGUACCUUUGACUUUGCAGCUUUUGGCGCUUCAGAAGGAUUCCAAACCUUCCACCGGCUCCAGCCGUCCCCUGAAUCGCAAUCCACUCAUCCUGGCUUUCGUGCAGAAAACGCCUCUCCUGCCCUUCACACGUCUCCCUCCUCUCACGUGUCUGCCGCAUCUCAUGUAUCCUCUGCCUCCCCGGGCGGCUCUCACCCGUCCCAUGCAUCUCCCGCCUCUGCUGCUGCGACUCACUUCUCUGCUGCCCCGACUCACUCCUUCACGCCACCCAAGCCGAUCAAAGUGAGCUUCUCUCCUCUGGUUGACCGCGAGUUCCCGUGGGGAAACAGUGGCGACCAGGGGGGUUGGAAGGAUGCUGGAAGCACCCCUGCGGACUCACACUCUCUGCUGCUCACGGUGCUCCGCGCAAAUCUCUCUCGCUCCGACCUCUUGCCAAGCCCCGGCAGCCACGGCAGCAGCCCCAUCAGCAGCACCAGUUGCAGCAACAACAACGGCGGGAGCCACGCCGCGAAAGACGCUUGGAAUAAUAACGGUAGCAACAACAACGGGAGCAGCGAGAGGAACGACAGCUGGCGUGCCGUGGUGGGCGGCGGCAGUGACGGUUACGGGCGGCCUAUGAGAAGUGGCAGCGCCACCAAUGCAGCUGUGGCUGUUUUGCCUGCCCCCGUGGCCUUCAGUGGUGAUGGUUUUGGAAGGUCUUUGAGCAGAAGUGGCAGCGAGGUGCAUGGGAUGCUUAUGACUGUUACGGGUGGCAGCAGUGACGGUUACGGGAGGCCUAUGAGCAGGACCGGCAGCGCGACUGAUGUGGGCGGGGCUCUUGUGCCUACGCCCGUGACUGCGGUUGGUAGUAACCCGUAUGAUGACUCAGCGCCACGUCAGCUGCAGGGGCUGCUGGAGGAUAUGGUGCCACGUCAGGUGCUGCAUGGCUCGCAGCGAGUCGCAGGAGCAGGACCGUAUCAGGCACCGCUUGCUGCUGCAGCUGCAGGAGAAAGAGCUUCAGGAGCAGCAGGAGCAGCAGGAGCAGCAGGAGCCACAGGAGCCGCGUUUCAAACCCCAGCCACAUCAGUAGAACCAGCAGGAGCAGCAGUGCCGUUUCAGACCACGGCAGGCAUUGCAGUGGAAGCAGAACGAUCAGCCGAGGGCGAGUUCAAGCUAUGUAACCUUGUCCCGAACCACGAGCAACAUGCAGGCAGCGAUGCUGCGCACCUGCACCUGCACCAGUUCCACCUUCCCCAGAUGCCACCUGCACAGGCAGCUCAGGCUGCUGAUAUCCAAGCCAGCAUGAGUCACACUCACAAUUUCAUGGGCAUGGCCUGCAAUUCUGUGUGGGCCUCUGACAUCGCUUUCAGCCCUGCGGUUCCAACCAUUGCUGCCGCUGCUGCUGUUGCUGCUGGGCAGACUCCGGUGAUGCGACGCACUCGAACUUUGAGCGUAGGGCUUGAUGGCUUGAGUGGUACGGGUGGCAUGGGUGGCUCGUGCGGCAUGGCUGACAUGGGUGGUGGGGAAGGCAUGGGCGGCACGGGCGGCAUGGGGGAGGAUGAGUUGCUGUGGGAGGCAGCAGCAUGGCUGGCAGAGCAGGGAGGGCUGGAGGCACUCGAUUGGCUGCCAGAACUGUCAGGUUGA